GCUGGUUACAUGACAGGAAAUGCUGUGACGUGGGAAGGAAGGUUUCCGAGUGAAGGUUUGAAGGAGGACGUGCUCACUUUCCAAAGAAUGUCCAAGCAGUAUUAGCACUACUGAUAGCGCUGAAGCUAACAAGUGGAGCAGCAAAUGUUUGGGUGGCAUCCCACGAUGCACGGCUGCUGUGCAAACAGCUGCCCUGCGAUGACUCUGCACCCAUUCGGUUCUCGCACUCUCCGCACACGCCCAGUGGACACUUAGGGUUUUAAAGCUCCAUAGAGGACAGCUGGCCGGCUCACUUUCCUGCUGCUCCCCACACUUUCUCCCGGGAUCUUGCGGAAGACACGCAUUUUCAUCUUCAUCGCUGAGAUGGGCGCCUACAUUGCCAAGAUGCUGCUGCCCACCGUCAGCAGUGUGGUGUUCCUACCUGCCGCCAGCGUGGCCGCCAAGCGGGGCUUCCAUAUGGAGGCCAUGGUCUACUUCUUCACCAUGUUCUUCAGCGCGAUCUAUCAUGCCUGCGAUGGGCCAGGCCUUGCCAUCCUGUGCUUCAUGAAGUACGACAUCCUGGAAUACUUUAGCGUGUACGGCACGGCGCUGUCCAUGUGGGUCACACUCAUCGCUCUGGGCGACUUUGACGAGCCUCAGCGUUCCAGCAUGACCAUGUUUGGAGUUCUGAGCAUCGCAGUCCGGAUCUACCAGGACCGCUGGGGAUACGGGAUCUACUCGGGUCCCAUCGGAUCGGCCGUCUUCAUCAUCACCGUCAAAUGGCUUCAGAAGAUGAAGGAGCUGCGUGCCGUGUACCCUGACAAGCGCGUUUACACUCAGCAGGUCGGUCCUGGCUGCUGUUUCGGCGCCUUGGCACUCAUGCUGCGCUUCUACUUCGAGGAGUGGGACUACGCCUAUGUACACAGCUUCUACCACCUGUCGCUGUCUGUCUCCUUCGUCUUGCUGCUGCCCAAGAAGAACCGCUACGCUGGCUCAGGCCACAACGCCGCCAAGCUCAGCUGCUGGACGCUAUGCUGCUGCAGCAUGUCUCCGGGCUCCUACAAGGAGAAGAAAGAAACACCGGAGAAAAAAGAUAUGUCGGAGAAGCAAGACACAUCAGAGAAGAAAAACACACCAGAAAAGAAAGACAUGCUGAAGAAGGACAAGAAGAAGAAGAAGACAUCGGCAUGCCGCUCACUUUUGAACGCCCUCACUGCAACCGAGGAGACGCCCACAUUGCCCCUCUUCUCGCCCCCGCCCUCCACACCUGUAAAAGGCACCAGCAUCAGCAAGCUGAAGGAGAUGAACGGAUGGAAGUGAGGCAGGAACACUGUACAAGGAAGGGACGCUUGGUUAAGGCGGACAUUUUUUUUGUUCAGCUGUUGGAACAUUUAAGGUGCAGCAGGGAAAGGCAAGGGGCAGGACCACAAAAUAGUGACUAAGAACACACACACACAAACACGUGCGAACACAUAAACAAACACACAUGAAUCUACACAAACAAACAUGAAAAAGAACAGAGACAAACUCACAAAAACACACACACACACAUUCAAGUGCAGGCUCACUAUUUGGCAAGGUGAAGAUGAGGGCAAGAGGCCUUAGUAUCUGUUUCAUGGGCAGGUGACGUACGCACAGCAGCGGAGGCGGCAACGUCGCGGCCUUCUCAUUAGCGCUCCAAGGCGGUAAAAAUUCCAAAAGGUCCCUCAAGGUGCGUAAAACAGCAGAAAUUUGACAUUUAACAGAGUGAUAAAACAAAAACAUGCGCACACACGCCACUGCUGGGCCAGGCAGACAAGAUGGUCGGCGUCCAGAACUCAUCAAGAGUCUUGGCGCGCGCGUCGCAGACACCACCGCCCGCUUCCUUACUUCGAGAGGAAGUCCGCCCAUCAGACAGACAGACAGAUGAACGGGUGGGCUGACGUUUGGCCGUCCGUCCGUAUCUCGAGAGGAACAUUUCACUGCAGACAAUUUAUACAUUUUGGAUAUGUUUGUUCCCCUCGGUGCCUCGCCAGUCACUUUUACUGGAGUGUGUUUCUGUGUGUGCUCGUGUGUGUGUGUGUGUACUUGUACAGUAUGUAAGAUUUUUGUAUGGUUUUAUGUGUGUGUGUGUAUGUGUGUGUAUGUAGAUGUACAACGUGGUUGUUUGUGUUUGUGAUGUCUGUGUAUGCAAUUAUGUGUUUGGGUGUUUGUGAGUGUGUGUAUCUCUGUCUGAGAGAAUGUAAAUGUGUGUGUGUGUGUGUGUGUGUGGUCUCAAGUGUGUGCAAUCAAAGCGUGGCAUUACGUCAGCGCUGUCAAAAGAGUUCUGUGUGUCCCAUCCAGACAAAAAAAUUAAUUUAAUAUAAAUAUUUUUUUUCUGAGGAACCCAUCAUCUACUUUUCAAAAUUCUUGGUACGUUGGGCUCAGGCUGAAGUGGCAUACACUAGCAAACACACCUCAGUGGCCAUUCCAACCAGACUCAGCAUUUUGACAGACUGUCAUUUUUGGGAAAGCGUGUCAUGUCGCUACUUGUAAGUCAAGGCACCUUCCUGUAAAUGACGUUAACUUUGUGACCCCGUCCACUCCCCCACCCACCUUUCAUAUAUACAUUUACAUAACCUCUGCCCACACACGCACACACACACACACACACAUGCACACACAAAACGUAACUUCUUGUACAGAACUGAGUGUUAA